UCAGAGGUAACAAAAGAAAUGUAUGAACUUGGCUGCAAAAUAAAAGCAUGCGACCAACAAACAGAGUUGAAAGAACAGGCAGACCUCAUGUGCCAACUUGGACAAGAGUAUAUCAGAUCAGCAGAGACCUCUGAUAUCUGGUAUGAACACUACGUUUGGUCCUGUGCAUUAUAUAAUGCAGCCAAAUGUCGAAUAAAGAAACUGAUUAGAAAACAAACCGAUGGCACAAACACAGCUCUUAAAGAUGACUUGGAACACAUUGACAAACAACUCCAGCUUAUAGAAAGUAACUUUGUAGAGAAGUGUCAGGCCACAAAACAUUGCGAGCUAUCAACAAAAACUACAACACAAAAGUAUAGCAACACACUUGAAAAUAUACGAGAGUACUCAAACACCACCGUAAAUGACAUCAUUGAGAAAUACAUGGUAGUUGAUGAUGUGACCACAGAGAUGGAAGACGAAGAUGAAGACAAUACAAUAAAACACAGCAAGGUGUUUUAUAAUGGACUAACACAACAGCUUUUAGAUUUUUAUAAGUCUAUUAUCAAUGAUUGUAUUUCUGUUUUAGGACAUCCUGAUUGUAACUUUGCAUUCUUAGCACUGGGUUCCCUGUCCAGAAAAGAGGUCACUGCUUAUUCAGAUCUUGAGUGGGCAAUAUUGUUUGAUCCUUUAGAUAAACCAGUCGAUCAUAUCAAAAUGCAAUUGCGCAUGAUAGCCUAUUACAUGCAUUUGAAGGUGCUUAACAUUGGGGAAACAUUGCUAAACUGCUUAGACAUACCUGUUUUAACAGAUUAUAACAAACACCUACCCCCUGACAUGAAAGACAAUGACUUUUAUGACAAAGCAACCACAAGGGGAAUUUCCUUUGAUGGGACACAACCUUGGGCUAGCAAAACAGCUAUUGGUAGGAAAACAGGAGUUGAUCCCAAUAAACCUCCCAAACUUGAACUUAUCAUGAAUGUUGAUGAGAUGAGCAAGUUUCAGUAUACAGAUGAAUCAAUCAAAGAGGGUUAUCACCUUAGUGACGUUCUCAUGACAUCAACACUCAUAACUGGAGAAUUUGCCUUAUGGAAAGAAUACAAUGAAAAAGUACAUUCCAUUCUAUCAUCACCAUCCACCACUAACCCAGAUGUCACUAUAGGUAGAGAACGAGCAAUAAAAACUCUUAAGAAAGAUUUAGAAAAAUACAGUGAAAAUCCCCUGUCAUCAGAAUCAUUCACUCAGAAAAUGCAUACAAAGCAUGAUAUAUACAGAUUUGCUACAAUCACUAUAAAUAUUCUGAAACUCAUGCAUGGUUGCACAUCAUUUGCGCCCCUACAUGUGCUAGAGGAAUUGCAAGGGAAGGGAAUCCUACCUGAAGGGGCAACAAAAGAUCUACAAAUCAUGGUUUGUAGUGUCAUUAACCUUAGACACAUGGUUUAUGGAAGGUAUAAGCAACAAAAAGAAUUCAUAUCAUUCUUACCAAGUGACUCUCAAGAUGAUGAAACAACAGAAGUGAUGCCAGUCAGAAGUUUUACAGCCAUUCUACGAUUUUUUAACACAUUUAUUCCCUGGUGUGAAUUCCUUCAAUCAAACUUGAAUGUAAGUGGCACCUGGACAUAUGACAAGAGGUACAUUGAAGGAAACAAUGAAGUGAAAGCACAAUUAUAUAACAACAUUUUCUUUUUCAAGAGGGCAUUGUACACUUAUCAUAAAGAGUUAAAUACACUUCAAAAUCUUGAAGAAGGAGAGCAAGAGUUAGAAAUAGCUUCCAUACAGAAUGCAAUAGGUUUACUGUAUGAGUCACAAGGCUCAGAUGCACUGCAACAUCAUUAUGACAGUCUGAGAAUAAUGAAAAAAAACAAUGAUGAAAGCAGGGUCUCUAUGUCACUUAACAACAUAAGCCUUGUGUAUGAAAGCAUGGGAGAUCUGGCUAAAGCACUGGAAUAUCAACAGGAAGGUCUGAAAAUGGACAGACUUAUACACAAAGACAAUCCCCACCCAGAUGUUGCUACAUCACUCAGCAAUAUAGGAGUUGUGUAUGAAAGCAUGGGAGAUCUGGCUAAAGCACUUGAAUAUCAACAGGAAAGUCUGAAAAUGGACAGACUUAUACACAAAGACAGUCCCCACCCAAGUAUUGCUACAUCACUCAGCAAUAUAGGACUUGUGUAUGAAAGCAUGGGAGAUCUGGCUAAAGCACUUGAAUAUCAACAGGAAGGUCUGAAAAUGAAAAGACUAAUACACAAAGACAAUCCCCACCCAAGUGUUGCUACAUCUCUGAACAACAUAGGGGCUAUGUAUAAAAACAUGGGAGAUCUGGCUAAAGCACUUGAAUAUCAACAGGAAAGUCUGAAAAUGAAAAGAGUAAUACACAAAGACAAUCCCCACCCAAGUGUUGCUACAUCUCUGAACAACAUAGGGGCUAUGUAUAAAAACAUGGGAGAUCUGGCUAAAGCACUGGAAUAUCAACAGGAAAGUCUGACAAUGUCCAGACUAAUACACAAAGACAAUCCUCACCCAAGUGUUGCUACAUCUCUGAACAACAUAGGGCUUUUGUAUGAAAGCAUGGGAGAUCUGGCUAAAGCACUGGAAUAUCAACAGGAAGGUCUGACAAUGAAAAGACUAAUACACAAAGACAAUCCCCACCCAAGUGUUGCUACAUCACUCGGCAAUAUAGGACUUGUGUAUAAAAGCAUGGGAGAUCUGACUAAAGCACUUGAAUAUCAACAGGAAAGUCUGAAAAUGGAAAGACUAAUACACAAAGACAAUCCCCACCCAAGUGUUGCUACAUCUCUGAACAACAUAGGGCUUUUGUAUAAAAACAUGGGAGAUCUGGCCAAAGCACUGGAAUAUCAACAGGAAAGUCUGACAAUGUCCAGACUAAUACACAAAGACAAUCCUCACCCAAGUGUUGCUACAUCUCUGAACAACAUAGGGCUUUUGUAUGAAAGCAUGGGAGAUCUGGCUAAAGCACUGGAAUAUCAACAGGAAGGUCUGACAAUGUAUAGACUAAUACACAAAGACAAUCCCAACCCAAGUAUUGCUACAUUACUCAGCAAUAUAGGACUUGUGUAUGAAAGUAUGGGAGAUCUGGCCAAAACACUGGAAUAUCAACAGGAAAGUCUGACAAUGAAAAGACUAAUACACAAAGACAAUCCCCACCCAAGUGUUGCUACAUCACUCGGCAAUAUAGGACUUGUGUAUAAAAGCAUGGGAGAUCUGACUAAAGCACUUGAAUAUCAACAGGAAAGUCUGAAAAUGGAAAGACUAAUACACAAAGACAAUCCUCACCCAAGUGUUGCUACAUCUCUGAACAACAUAGGGCUUUUGUAUGAAAGCAUGGGAGAUCUGGCUAAAGCACUUGAAUAUCAACAGGAAGGUCUGACAAUGAAAAGACUAAUACACAAAGACAAUCCCCACCCAAGUGUUGCUACAUCUCUGAACAACAUAGGGCUUUUGUAUGAAAGCAUGGGAGAUCUGGCUAAAGCACUUGAAUAUCAACAGGAAGGUCUGACAAUGAAAAGACUAAUACACAAAGACAAUCCCCACCCAAGUGUUGCUACAUCACUCGGCAAUAUAGGACUUGUGUAUAAAAGCAUGGGAGAUCUGACUAAAGCACUAGAAUAUCAACAGGAAAGUCUGAAAAUGGAACGACUAAUACACAAAGACAGUCCCCGCCCAAGUGUUGCUGCAUCACUGUGCAACAUAGGUGUAACACAUGAGGAAAUGGGGAAGCACAAAGAAGCUUUGUCUCAUUACUUUGAAGCUCUAAACAUUGCUCAUCAGUACAGAGGGGAUUCACACCCUGAUUACAUAACAGCAUUGGAAUUGAUUGACAAGUGUAAGGAAUAAACCCUGUCUUCCUGCACUCUUAUAUAACACUUACUUAUACAAUAUCAAUGGCAUUUAACACUGCCCCCAGGAUUCCGUGUUUGCAGAGCGCGGACGGAAUUUGCCUCUGCCCGCGGAAUUGCAGAAUCAACUAUUUUGGUCAAUUUCCGCGGAAUUUUCCGCAGAAUCCAUAUAUUUUCCAAAAGUUUAAAAAGUCAGUCUUACCUGUAACAAUUUGACACGUUUUUAGUCAAAUCCCUUGCAGAAAUAACCCAAA